AUGGGCGACGCAAGUUUCCAAGGCAGACCACCCAAUCCUAGGAGCUUUCCUCGAGCUUCAGAACCGUUUGACCAAGCUCUUUUCCUUCGCCCAAGCAGCGAGUAUCGAGGCGCACCUUUGUGGACAUGGAACAAGAAACUCGAUCGCGAGCAGUUGCUUCGCCAGAUAGAUCAUCUAGCUGAGAUGGGCAUGGGCGGAUUCACAAUACACGUUCGAACCGGUCUGGACACGGAAUACUUGGGGGACGAAUUCAUGGAAAUUGUAAAGUCUUGUGUCGACUAUGCCGAGAGUAAGAAAAUGCUCGCAUGCCUUUAUGACGAGGAUAGGUGGCCGAGUGGAUACGCUGGUGGGAAAGUCAUGGAAAAUCGCCCUGAUCUCAAAGCGCAACAUAUUCUUUUGACAUGCAAACCUUAUGGCGAGCAAGUGGCAUGGCGUGCUCAAGGAGGCUCAGAAUGCACUGGCCGGGCCACUAGGAGUGAAUUAGGACAUCUUGUAGCAAGAUAUGAUGUGGCCAUAAAUAACGACUGCAUGGAAGUUUACCGGCGAUUGGGCGAUGGAGAAAGUGGUAGAAAUGUUUGGUAUGCGUAUAUGGAACCCAAUCCACCUUCAGAAUGGUUCAACGGCUACACUUAUGCCGACACACUCAAUAAGGAAGCCACUGAUCGCUUUAUUGCCGCUACCCAUGAAGUCUACAAAGUUGCCGUUGGUGAUAAAUUUGGUUUGACGGUGCCAUCUAUCUUCACCGACGAACCUCAAUUCGCGCAUAAAACCCAGUUGAGGUUUGCCGAAGAUACCUGGGAUGUCUUCCUGCCGUGGACUACAGAUCUACCAGACACCUUCUCUGAGCAAUACGGAUACGACAUUCUAGAUUCAUUGCCAGAAAUUGUAUGGGACUUACCGGACGGCUCUUCUAGCCUCGCGAGGUAUCACUAUCACAACCACGUUUGUGACCGAUUUGUCGAAGGAUAUCUCGACCCAGUCUCAGUUUGGUGUAGAGAAAAUGGCCUUGCAAUGACAGGGCACAUGAUGGACGAACCAACAUUAUUCACCCAGACAUCAGCACUUGGUGAAGCAAUGCGAUGCUAUCGCGGUUUUGAUUUGCCUGGGGUUGAUAUGCUCUGUAACUGGGUUGAAUACAACACGGUUAAACAAGCCACGAGUGUAGCACGACAGAGCGGUAUCCGUGGGAUUAUGAGCGAGAUAUACGGCGUCACCAGUUGGAUGUUCGACUUUCUUGGGCAUAAAUUUGCGGGUGAUUGGCAGGCUGCCUUGGGAGUUACAACUAGAGUUCAUCAUUUGUCUUGGGUCACUAUGGCUGGCGAAGCAAAACGAGACUUCCCAGCUUCGAUUGGAUACCAAAGCCCAUGGUCACUUGAGUAUCCACUAGUCGAAGACCACUUUGCAAGAGUGAAUGUGGCAAUGACGAGAGGACGUGCCGUUUGCCGCGUCGCGGUCAUUCAUCCCAUUGAAAGCUACUGGUUGGCAUUCGGCCCCAUCCACAGCUCCAAAGGUGAACAGGAGGAACGAGAUGAGGCGUUUCUCAAUCUUACCACUUGGCUCCUGCAUGGACUGAUUGAUUUUGAUUUCAUAUCAGAAAGCCUCUUCGAAUCUCAGACUCAUAAAGACCAGAUUGGGAACACUCUUCCAGUGGGCCAGUCGGAGUACGAGGUUGUCAUCGUCCCUAAUCUGCGCACAAUCCGUUCAACAACACUAAGUCGGCUGCGACAAUUCUCCCAGGCAGGAGGCAAAGUAAUUAUGACUGGAACUUCACCAACACUCAUCGAUGGCAUCCCAGCUAAGAAACCCGUCGAGAUUCAUGGCAGCAUAGAGGUACCUUGGCUGAAAUCCAAAAUAUUAGACGCGCUUGAGGCGCACCGUGACAUCUCUGCGGUCACUACGGAUGGUCCAUUAUAUUGUCUUACCAGCCAAUCGACCAUGUCUUCCACCCUUCUCUAUCAGCUUCGUCAAGACGGCGACGAGCAGUUUCUUUUUAUCUGCAAUACAGAAAAACAAGUUGCUUCGAAAUGCCAGGUAUCCAUUAGAGGUUCGUGGUGGUUGACACUCCUUGACACUAUUUCGGGCCAAGAUAGCGAAUUACCGUCAACUAGAAGGAACGGAAAAACUAGCUUCUUUCACCUGUUCGAAGGAUGUAGCAGUCUCCUCCUCCGCUUGACGCCGCAUAGUGAGACGUCUACCCCGAAGGCAGAAGAAGCUUCAGCCCAAGGAAUGGCCGAAACUUGUCUUGUCACACUAAGAAAUGUUGAACUUAGUGAGCCCAACGUUCUUUUGUUAGAUUUUGCCAAGUUUCUCUGGAAUGAUGGAUCUUGGGAGGGCGAAGAAGAGGUUCUUCGAAUCGAUAACAUCAUGCGGAAUCGUCUGGGGAUUCCUCUCAAACUAGAGGCCUUUCGACAACCCCACGCUAGCCCACCGGAAUCGAGAAAGGCGAAAGGAAAGUUGAGUCUGCGCUUCAAGUUCAAAUCUGAAGUUAAUCUAUUGACUUCUCGCCUCGCACUGGAAAAUGCCAAGGACGUCCAUAUCAUGCUCGACGGCAAUGUCAUUCCGUCAACUGUCGAAUCUUGGUGGGUUGAUGAAGACAUUUCGACCAUUAGGUUACCCAAAAUCCCGAGCGGAUCUCACGAAAUCCAAUUAACCUACGAAUAUGGUCUAAUGACAAAUCUUGAGCGAAUUUAUAUUUUGGGAGACUUCGGAGUCGAAAUCCGUGGAACGAAAGCAACGAUCACUGCCUCCCAGCUAUCUAAAUUCCAAUUUGGCGAUUGGACACAACAUGAACUGCCUUUUUAUGCGGGGAAUGUUAUCUACAAUUGUGAUUUUGAGCACAGCGGCGGGCAGGCAGUGCUAGAGGUCCCACGCUUCGUCGCGCCAUUGUUGUCAGUUGAAGUAGAUGGGCAAGUUCUAGGCAAGAUUGCUUUUCGGCCGCAUUCUCUGAAACUUGGCAUGUUAUCGGAAGGAAAACAUAAACUCUCAAUCACCAGCUUUGGAAAUCGGGAAAAUGCGUUUGGCCCUCUGCAUAUGCCUACAGGGACGACCGUUUUUAUUGGACCACAGGCCUGGCGUACUGAAGGACCCAUUUGGCAUAAUGAGUAUGCAAUCCAGCCUAUGGGUAUUUUACAACAGCCUCGAAUUAUUGCGAUAAAGCAAUAA